AAGCAAUUGAAAAGUUAUGACAAAAUUUCAUUGAGACAAUCACUCAAUGAAAUAAAAAAAAAAUGAUUAUGCAUUUGUUUGUGAUGUUUUUCACCAUUUCUCAGUGUUCUUAUUCAGCUUUUUCGAUGAUCGCUCCUGGAACAAUAAAUGGAUGUAAAUUCGGAAAUGGAACCAGGUACUGCUGCAGUGGAUUUUAUGAAGUGAAUAAUGAAUGUCAUGAAUGCAACGGAUCCUAUGGACUUAAUUGCACCGACCCCUGUCCAGAAGGGUGGUAUGGACUAGUUUGUACGAAUAAGUGCACGUGUUCGGCCAACGACAAGUGUGAUCCAAAGGAAGGCUGUAUAAACGCAGCCUAUUUAGCACACCCAAUAGCAUUAUCCAUUAAUCCCGAGUUAACAAAAGACACAAAGUCAAGUAUUCUACUGAACAAAAGCAGUGGAAGUUCACGAGAGCUGUCUUUCGACCUUUCAACAAGUAAUCCCCUUGACACCAAUGCCAGUAUUAUACAAGGCCCAUAUUCGCCAGGAAAUGCCACUGAUACAAGUUUAUGGGGAAAUAUCAAAGAAAUGGUCGAAACAGCAGGGAUUCGGGACUGGAUCAUAACGUCGCUUACCGGUGUAUUGCUCAUCAUCUUCGUUGUGAUUGGAGUUAAAAAGUGCAGGAAAAAGAAAGUAAUGGAGAAAUAUGGAGACCAGCAUGAAGAUCAGCAUGAUUAUUGUAAGUCUACACAACGAUAUUCCGGCGACUAUUCCUGCAUCAAUGAAAAUGAAUACACGGAGAUAUCAACGGUAAAGGCGGCGUCGACUGGCUGCAAGAAUUGAAGCAUCAAAGAGUACUAAAACCAAAUACAAUGUAGUUUCAUUCGUGUUGUGUUUUGCUACAAGAAUGGUAGUGUUCUAUUGUACAUAGCAAAAGCAUCAUGGCAUCCACAUAUUCCUAAACGAAUGCCGUUUUUGAAGUUUAAAAAUAAUUUCGCUUCAUAUUAACCAAAAUGUUAAACAUAUGGUACAAAGUUGGUUCCCAUCAAAUAAAGAACAGCGGUUCAAAAACAAGAAUCAGUUAUAUUUAUAUAAAUUUGUAUAUAACAUGGUUAAUAUUGAUUAAAACAUGUAAUGUAUUUUUUUUUUACUUUUUAUCUAUAACGAUACACAGUGUCAGUGUGGAUGAUUUGACUAUAAGGAAAUGUUACCCUAAUGACUACAUCACAUGUACAUAUUCAAGUUACUGAUUUAGAAGCACUCGACAGGCAUCACCUAAGUUGCAGAUUCGCAUUAUUUAGAGUCUUUGGGAAAUCGACAUAAUCUUGACUGAAGGUGCAACAAUUCAUUCAUGCAUUCAUGAUUUGUAUCAUAUUUCAAAAGAACAAGUAAUUGUUAAAUUUUUUUGUAUGUGUGUUUAUGACAGACAUGUUACUAUACCAAUGAAUCUGUUUGUGAAUAUUCUCUUCAAAGCUGUGUGAUUUCUUCCAUAUGUUUGUUUUUGUAAUAUGAAUUUGAUUUUUCAAUCAUUUUGCUUUGCAUUUCUUUAAAUUUGAAUUUUAGUACUGAACAUAUCCAAUACUUCAAUGGGACGAUUUAUUAAAAUGGUAAAUCUGAAGGUUAAGUGUUAUAAUGUUAAUACUUUGGCCUUUAAUCGAGCAUUAUAAGUUGUUUGAAAUCCAAAAGAAUACACCAUUUGUCAAUAAAAUAUUCAGUCAAAUAUAAAAUUAAUUGUUUGAUUGAAAGAUUUAUUUUGUUUAUGGUUAAGUAAAUACUUCUAUACAUUAUACAUCGUAUGAAUAAGAUUAAACUCGACUAUUUGUUCUGAAUGUUUCGGGUUUUUCGUAUACUAGUAUAUUGAAUUGAUUCAUAGUAUGACCCCUCACUGGUGUUCUGUCUACUGCCUGGGUUACACAAUUACACAAGACAGAGUCGUUGUCAAACUUUCACAUGGGUAAUUUCCCCGUCGCUAUAUUUAGAUAUUAAGAUUAUCAUAACAGAUUAUCAUAACAUAUUGUUUUAUCAUUUCAUUUACAUAUUUCAUAUAUUGGAUAUAAUCAAUAUUGUCAUCGCUCGAUGUAUCGGUACAAUUAUAUAAUAUCCAGAGUGUCAACUGUUUUUGAGCAAUGUUGCAAUAUUCCCAUAAUUAUUCUCAUACAAUGAAUCAGUUUCCAUUGAAGUUCUAAUAAGUUAUUCAACCAUUUUUGAGGAAACGCUAUAUAUUUGUUCCUCCUUGAAUCAUACUCCAAUUUAUUCAAUGCGUUAAACCUACUGCAUGUGGUGCCAACCUAUCGUGAUGGUUUGAGGGAUUUAUAUUGAUUUCCUCUUUGUUUCUAUUCUGCUGUUUCAUUCACUUUUUGAUUUGGUAAUCUUGAUAUAAGCUGUUGAUUAAAACUUAACAAAAAGUCGAUUUUAUUUGUAAUAUCGUUUAAGAGUACGAUAUGAAAUUGUUCAUAUGGGUACAUCUGUGCUAUAAAACGUUAGAAUGUCUCAUUUCAGAGUCCUAAUGAUACCAAAACCUCAAGGAAAGUUAUAAUGUAACAUUUCAUUUCUGUUAGGUAUUAAUUAUG